UUUGUUGUUGGUGGUUUUUAUUUGGUUGUAAACGUCGUCGACAACGUCGAAAAACAAGCGAUGACUUGGAAUACUGCUUUGUACGGAGUCCAACAAAUGGAAACUCUCAUCGACAACUUUUCAGCGGAAAAAAUCAACAUGAAAAAAAUGAACUAAGACAAGGUAGCAGUGUCACAGUCGUCAAUUAUCCACCAAUAUCAAGCGAUGUUACUGUUACUAGAAUUAAUCAAAGAGAUAAUACACUUAUUGACAAUAAAGACAAUGUAAGAAGCAAGCAAUUAUCUGGAAAAUCUAUCGAUUCUCUACAUUACUCAAAUUCAUCUGCAUAUGCACAAGGAAUCGAUCGACAAGAUAAUAUAACAAAGACAUCAAAUAAUAAUUUUGUGCAUAUUCGAUCUGCUUUACAAGAUUCUUCUGAUUUAAUAACUUUUUCGUCUUCUUCUGCAUCAACAUCAGCAAAAAAGAAUCAUUUUACUUUUAUGAAACUUCCUCGACUUACUAAAUCAUCGAUCGAACCACAUCCAUCAACAUCAAUUAUUGACAAUAGAACACAAUCGAACGAAAUCCAACGCAGUGAUUUUAAUAAUUCAAAAGAAAACAAAAGAACUCGACAAGCUCUAUCGAGUGUUUCUGUUCGUCGAAUAAAACGAUCGUCAUCAGCUGGUCCAGGUCCAAAAACAAAAAGAAAGAUGACAAAAUCUCUAGCUGAUAAUUUAUCUAAAUCUGCAAGAAAAAUUCUUGAUUACUUUUUAAAUGAUUUACAAUCAAAUGGAUCUUAUCGAACGGAAGCAAAAGAUUUAGCAUGUUAUUUUAAAUCACCAAUGAUGUUUAUUAAUGCUGGAUAUGAAAAACAAGCUAAUAAUAUAUUAGAUUAUAUUAAAAAUAAAUUUCUUUUUAAUGGUGAUUUUUUAACAACAAUUUAUAAGAAAAGUGAUCAACCAGAAUAUAUCGAAUAUUGGAUUUAUACAAAUGGAUGGAUUGUUCGUGCAGCACAAAAAUUAAAUCGAACUGAUAUUACUGACGAGGGAACCUAUUCAACUGUCCAAUCGCUUUUGAAUGCAUAUUCUUAUGAUAAUGGUGGUUAUUUAACAAAUAAAAUUAAUACAAAUAAUAAUGGUAUUACUGAUAUAUUAACAACGGCACAUCUUGGUCUUUUACAAUUAGAACGUGGUAAUAUUGAACGUGCUAUCAAAGCCGGUAAUUAUCUAUUGAAAGUAUUUGAGAAACAAUCUGAUUUAACAAGUGGUUUAUAUUUACGUUUGGAUAAAGAUAAUACUUUAAUUAGUAAUUAUUCAUCGGAAAUGUCAUGGGUAUAUAUUGUUCGUAAAAAUGAACCACAACAAGCUUAUUUUAUGAUUGGUUAUCCAAUUGGAUUUUUAGUAUUAUUAUAUGAAAAAACAAAUGCUAAAAAUUUUCUUAAUGGUGCAAAAGAUUAUAUGAAUUUUGCAUUAACAUGUAAUGAACAUAUUUAUUCAUCUAAUAUGAGUCACAAAUUAGCAUGGGCAACAGCUUUAUUUUAUAAACAUGAUGAUACAUUGAAAGAAAAAUAUUUGAGUAUUAUUGAAAAAAUUACUAAUUCUCUUAUAAAUCAACAAUCUGAACAAGGCAUAUUUCCUGGAUCUAUUAAUUCUUCUUAUGAUCAAAGUGCUGAAAUUGCAUUUUGGUUUCUAGAAAUAGUUCAUAUUUUAAACGAACAAUAA